CCGAUUUCUCCCAAUUCAUACGGUUACCAGCUGAUUUCAUAUUCCUUUCUGUUUUUCUCGGCUCCCAGUUCACCCGCGUCAAUGCCUUCAAUGCUCUCAAUGCGUUCCAGGCGCAUUUAUGCUCGGCUUCAUCCCGCACGAUGUGCGCCUCGGCUACACAGAAUAGCGCGGAGUGGAAGGCUACGCCUAGUAUAUAUAGAGGUGUCCUUGAAGCCUCAAUCUCCAGCUCAACCAGAGUAUCCAGCAACUCAACCAGAGCCUCCACUUCACCUCCAUUCUCAGCUCAACGACCCAUCCUUGCGCCGCCACCGCAAACAUGCAGCUCACCAUCGCUACCCUCGUCCUCGCCGCAAUGCUCCCCACCACGUUCGCGGCCAACUGCCAGAACAGCGGCGGCGUCGCCAACGGCGAAUGUGUCAAGUUCUACUCCAACGACCAGUGCAAGGGCGACCCCAUCGGCAGCUUUAAGCCGACCUGCGAGGGCAACUGCUUCCAGUUCGAUAGCUUCAGCAGCGUGUUCGUCUCCGGCGACGGUACCUUCGGCACGGACUGCACCCUCUACUCGGAUGACAACUGCAGCGUCGAGCAGACUGAUACCGGCAACGUCGUCGUUGGAGGUGGCAAGUGCGCUGCCGCUCCCAACGCCAAGAGCAUGAAGUGCUUCUACCGCUGCUAAACGCUUAGUCGUUCACGGAUUUUCAGUCAGCGCGCCUCAUCACUGACGCGAGUCGCGGUGUGUCGCUCUGCGUGACCGCGUCGUAGGCUGCCAGUGCUGAACCUUAUCCAUCUAUCCGUAACUUCUUCUUUUCUGUACUCUCAAAUCACUCCGCACCCUCUGUCGUUCACUUCACCGUACUCUGCGACUGGUCGCGUAGCGUUAUCCGCAGUGUAUAGGCGAGUCUGGACAGUUGAUGUAUGCAGCAUUCAUAUUUCCCAUGCCAGUGUGAGACGCGACUCGAGAUCACCCUCCGUGUUUGGCUUCCCUCUUUCCUGUCCUGCGGGUUUAUUUACCAUCCAUUAGCCC